GGUUGACAGAACCUCAAACACAAUGACUGUCUUUAGUUCUCUUGUCCCACAAAUCGUUUAAGUGUACCUGAAUCCUACCUAUUAUUACCUAUUUUGCACCAUGCAAGGAUUAUAACACUACUGGCACUUAAAAAGGCAGCGGCCCAAGACAGCGCUAGCAGCCCCGACUAGCUGCUAGCACGGGAAUGCAAACGGUCCACAUCGGAGAGAAAAACAAAACAAAAACAGAUAAGCCGAUUGUUAUAUUCGCGGAGAGAGAGAAAGACUUGCUCCCUGUGCCUUCCGUUUAAACCUUAAGCAGGCUCGUGUCCGUGUUUGCAAGUGCAGUGAAAUUCUCGUUGUGCAACCUUACCUAUGCAAGGACUAUGCAGAUACUCGCGGCUGGACUGUAGGCGCGGGCGUGCAAGGUGAAUGGCAGAGGGCGUCGCCACACUCGGCGGGACACCAAGGUACUGGUGGGUGUUGAGUGACGAGGGUCGCCCAGGGUCGCAGUGUGAUGGCCGGACCGCGAGGCCCUGACUGCGUGUCCCUCCUGCUCCAGCGGCCUCGGCCCAAGGCGCAGCUCCUCCACAUCUUCGGCAUCGUGCUCUACCAGGAGAUUUACAGCACCGCGGCCCUGUUACCCUCGGGGGAGACCAUAGGCGGCGGCCCCGAACACGUCUCUGUGAUAAACUACAUUCCCGGGAGAACUUUCUCGUUAGGUCCCGUCGUCGGUUGUGAAGAAUGGGAAGAAAACUGUGAACGUGAGAAUAUAGCGGAAUAUUAGGAUUAUUUUAUACUCUUUCUUUCCUGUUUGUCUGUGUCGUCAGUUGUGUCCGCUAUUAGGUGAUUUAGUGAUUUGUGUGAUGGUAGUAUACAUGGGCGAUUGUGCGAGAGUGAAGUGCCAAACGAUUGCGUAAGUGAACUGCCCUUUUGUUGCAACGGCUCAAGUGAAGGAUUAUUAUGUCGAAGACGAUACCGAAGGCGCAGACCCCCGUGGCCGAUGGGCGGCUGGCGUGCGGCCACCCCGACGGAGGCGGCGAGGGCUGCGAGGGUUUCUCGGGCGACUCGGGGGUGGGCGAACCCGACAGCGAGCCCCCCGCUAUACACUCCGACGGGGGGAAGGCCCUUGCCGAAAGGGGGAAAGAGCUGCCCGAAGCAGGGAAGGCCCAGUCCGAAGGGGGGAAAGUCCUGCCCGAAGAAACGAAGAACCCCACCGACACCAAGAGAGACGCAAACCAGGUCGUAGAUGUCGCCGUUUGGGAAAAGGACGUCUCAGACAGGUGUAACGGAGAGGCGGUUGCAGCGGAGGCUUUGUCCUGUAAGGAGAAGAGCCCGUCUCAGGAAGGCUCGACGGCUGAGAAUGGCCCAAAGAAGACCGUCGAGGAAGACAAACAAGGCCAGCCCGACGCGCUGUCGCCCCCGUGCCCCGCAGCAGCCAGUGACCAGGAAGCGACACCCAUGACAGACUCAUCGGAAGGAGGGGGCGCCCCGUCGCGCGACAGUGGCAUCAGUCACAUGAAUGUGGCGAGUACCAGUGAGUUGGAGGAUGAGUCGGUGAGGCGAAGGAGCCUGAUGAUCGACACGUGCACGCAGACGGACCACGAUCUCGGCGGCCAGGCUGAGUGGGAGAAAAAAGUCGGUCGGACGGUCGAAAGCUCAAGUGAUAAGGAUGAGAGUACACGUGGGAGUGACUUGGGGUUAAGUGCUUUGUGUGCGUGCACUGAUGCCAAUGACAAUAAGGAUGAGGGCAAAACGCAGUGCGAUGUGUGCGGAUUAUAUAGCAAUGCGCGACAGGAAACCUCCAACAGCUUGGGUGCGCGCCAAGGGGAAACCUCGAACAGUGUGCUCCAGAAUAGACAGAGUCGUUGCACAUCCGACUACUCAUCCAUUUCCUCGAGUGAGUCUCCGCGAGCGAGUGACUCGAGUAACAGGACAUGUGAUUCGAGCAACAGCCCCGGUAGCAGCACGGGUAGCAGCGACAAGGGCGGAAGUAGCAACAGAAGAUCUGGCCACAGGAAGGUCGUGACGUCGGGCGAGCUGAGCCCCAUCGCGUCCUGUGGAGGGGAGUCGGCGGUGAACGUGGGCCUGAGCGUCAACACGGGCCUCACGCCGGAGGACGCUUCGAAGGACAUGGGCAGCCGCAGCCCUUGCACCCCGACCAGCGGCUGCCUGAAGGGGGCGACGCGCAACACGAGCGGCGCUCACGUGCAGUUCGAGACGCCAUGUGACGAGGACGGACACAUGCUGCAAGACACGUACGUCACUUCCGACGGACACGUGGAGCUGCAGAGGGCCAACGGCAGCAGCGGAGGGAGCGGGACUCCCACCCACGCCGACCCGCUGGCGAGGCUGUGGUCGAAGCUCAUCCCGGACUCUUCCCCGUCGGACGCCGCCUCCAGCUUCACCGUGCCCAAGAAGUGGCGCCGGAGGCACAUCUCCAGCUCGAGCAGCAUUAGCCUGGGGUCGAGCUCGAGCGCUUCCAGCUCGGACGGCUCCACGGAGUUCGAGCGGCGCGCCCCCGACGGCGGCUGGGGCUGGGUCGUCGUGGCGGCCUCCUUUAUGGUCCACUGCAUCGCCGACGGCGUCACCAUGUCCUUCGGCGUGCUCUUCGUCGAGUUGCUCAACUACUUCCAGGAGGGCAAGUCCCUGACCUCGUGGGUGGGCAGCUUGUUCAUGGCCAUCCCCCUCCUGGCGGGGCCCCUGGCGUCUAUUCUCACCGACCGCUACGGCUGCAGGACGGUGACAAUCUGCGGUGCUGUUGUUGCUUGUUUCGGAUUCUUUAUCAGUGCCUUUGUAAACACAAUUCCGCUGUUGUUAUUGACUGUGGGUGUCAUCACCGGCCUCGGUCUGGCAGUGUGCUACGUCGCUGCCAUCGUUAUUGUUGCCUUUUAUUUUGAGAAAAAGCGGUCGUUGGCGACGGGUAUCGCCGUUGCCGGCAGUGGUAUCGGAACUUUCCUGUUUGCGCCCCUGAUCCAGUACCUGGUUGACUACUGGGGCUGGAGACUCUGCUUCGUCGUGCUGGCUGGCAUCUUCCUCAACAUGGUCGUCUGCGGGGCGCUUAUGCGGGACCUGAAGUGGACGCCGAAGCAGAGCAAACGCUCUGGCUUCGUCUCCGUGACGGCCGCCAGCAGCCGCAAGGACUCUACCUCACAGUCCUCAGACACCGUAGGGAUGCGUGGUGGGAGCAGCGUGGGCGCCACCCUCCCGUCGCUUGACGAGCUGCGGCGCCUGGUGCAGUCGGGGGACGUGACAGCGCUCCUCGGCCCAGACGACGCCCCCAGCGAGAAGAUCCGCGGAUCGGCGUCCCUGGUGCUCCUCCCGACAUUCCUGAGCAAGUCGCAGGUUCUUCCCCCCGACGUGGUUCCUUUCCUGUCUUCGCGGACCAACGCCUACGAGGUGGUGUCCCAGAUGUAUCCGCACCUGCUCUCGCACUCGCUCUCGGGGCACGUCAACCAGGCGGAUGAGAAGGCGGCCAAGCUCAUCGGGUUGACGUGCAACGAAAUCGCCGAGUUCGCGGGCGUGUUCCCCGACGGGCAGGGGCUGCCGUCGUCGACCCAGCAGCUAAUGGCACCCGACAACAGCUGUGACACCGACUCCACCACGCCCGGCUCGGCCGUGGGGGACCUGGGCUCCGUGAAUAGCCGCAGGUGGAAGAAGAUCGACUUGGAACUCGGCUGUCCUGACGAUGACGACGAAGACGGCGACGCAGAUAACGAGGAAGAGGCGGAAGAGGCAAGGGAAAUCACCGCCAUGCUAGGGCCGCGCACAAGGGGGCCCCGGCAGCCAGAGGCGAGGAGGAUAUCAACGGGAUGCAUGGGAGGAGCCAGUUCCCCUCCGCCCCCGGCUGCUCCCCUGCGGAACAUGAGGAUAAACAGGCAGUCAAUGACGUAUCGUGGUGCUAUGCUCAACAUUCACCGGUAUCGCCUGAGGGCCUCUUCGUGUCCAGACAUUUACCGUAAUUCCAUCAUAACCAUUGCAAAAUCGCAAGAUGAGAGUGUCUGGACCUAUUUUGACGACCUCGGGGAAAUGAUUACCUCCUGUGUCGACUACAGCUACUGCAUGAAUGCUGCCUAUCUGAUAUUUGCUGUUUCCAACUUCGUUCUCUAUGUUUUCUACGACACAGUUUACAUGUAUUUGAUGGAUUAUGCUCAGGGUGUCGGAGUGUCAGCAGAUGACAGUGCUAACCUCAUUUCUGCGAUUGGAAUUCUUAACACUGUUGGAAUGGUUGUGAUGGGCUACGUUGGCGAUCAGCCGUGGUCGUCACCCAUGUUAAUCUACAAUAUCUCCAUGGUAAUCUGCGGCCUUUCUGUUAUUAUAAUGCCAUUCAUCACUGAUUACUGGAUACUGGCAGUGGCAGCCGCAGUGUUUGGAUUGUUCAUCUCCGCAAAUUAUGCUCUGACCUCGGUUAUCCUAGUGGAGUUGAUCAGUCUGGAAUCAUUCAGUAAAGCUUACGGAUUGCUGUUGCUUAUUCAGGGUGUAGCCAACCUCAUUGGGCCUCCUCUCGUAGGUUUCAUAGCCGACACAACAGGGGACUACACCAUGCCCUUCGUGAUAUCAGGGAUCUUCAUCAUCCACUGCGGCCUGAUACUCAACUUGAUCCCCCUCAUCCAACGCUGUAGGGGCAACUAUCGUUCCUCCAGCACCCCUUCCCCGGCAGACACUCCAAAAAACGUGUCGCCCACCUCAACGCCUAACCACACUUUUAAGAAGAAACCAGCGCCUGUACAAGUUUAGUAGCUCCUCCUGGCUUGAGGUGGAGAGCUGUCGGAAACGCAUUGAGUGUGGCAGUUAAAAAAGGAGUCAUCGUUAUUUUUCUUGUGGCUUUUUUCUGCUGAUGCAGUAUGUUAAGGAAAAGAAAUUAGGAAGUCUGAAUGUGUAUAUAUCUGUGUGUAUAAAUAGAGGCGUAUAAAUACAGUACACACUCACUCACUUACUCACUCACUCACUCACUCACUCACUCACUCACUCACUCACUCACUCACUCACUCA